UCAUUACACUUGAAUAUCCCCCAAAGGCUCAAACAGCAUCCAUGGCGGCCAAAACCCCUUCAAUUCUAGACCUUGGAACUGCCCAAGCCUCCUCUCAAAUAGCUCACGCCGAUUCAACGACUGGUUUCUGCUCCGACAUAAUCCUUCAGAAAGUGAAAACCAACUUGGUUUUCCGUUCAAAGUGGGCGGAGUUGAAUGGAGCCAUGGGAGACCUUGGCACUUACAUACCCAUAGUACUGGCCUUGACUCUAGCCAGAGACCUCAACCUCGGUACCACAUUGAUUUUCACUGGCAUCUACAACGUCAUCACAGGAGCCAUAUACGGCGUCCCCAUGCCUGUCCAGCCCAUGAAGUCCAUCGCCGCCGAGGCCCUCUCCGAGCUUGACUUUGGGGUGCCGGAGAUCAUGGCCUCCGGAAUUUUGACCGGCGGGGUCCUACUGGUAUUGGGUGUGACGGGGUUGAUGCAGCGAGUGUACAAGCUCAUUCCUCUGAGCGUCGUCAGGGGAAUUCAACUAGCACAAGGUUUGUCCUUUGCAUUGACUGCUGUUAAAUACGUCCGGACAAGGCAAGACUUGGCCAAAUCUAAAUCUUUUGGAAAUAGGCAAUGGUUUGGUUUGGAUGGCUUGGUUUUGGCCAUUGUUUGUGUUUGCUUUGUUGUCAUAGUGAACGGAGCUGGUGAGAAUCAUGGAUGUGAAAUCAGAGAAGGCCAUGAUUACGAUCUGGGUGAUCACCAACAACGGAUUGAAGGUCGAAGAAUAAACGGGACGAACCGGAUAAGAAAGCUUAUCUUUUCACUUCCUUCUGCAUUUUUAGUGUUUGUAUUGGGGGUUGUUUUGGCCUUCAUAAGAAGGCCUGAGGUGGUGCAUGAAAUCAAAUUUGGACCCACCUCUUUGGAAAUUGCGAAAAUCUCUAAACAUGCAUGGAAGAAAGGAUUUAUCAAAGGUGCAAUUCCCCAGCUGCCACUAUCAAUCCUGAACUCUGUGAUAGCUGUUUGCAAGUUGUCCUCAGACCUGUUUCCAGGGAAGGAUUUUUCAGCCACUUCACUUUCAGUGACAGUGGGACUGAUGAACUUGGCGGGAAGUUGGUUUGGUGCUAUGCCUUGCUGCCACGGAGCCGGUGGACUUGCAGGACAAUACAAGUUUGGUGGAAGAAGUGGUGCUUGUGUGGCUCUUCUUGGUGCAGCCAAAUUGGUGCUGGGUUUUGUACUAGGCAAAUCUUUGGCUCUCAUUUUAAGCCAGUUCCCUGUGGGGAUAUUAGGGGUAUUGCUGUUAUUUGCUGGGGUUGAGCUAGCCAUGGCUUCUAGGGACAUGAACACCAAAGAGGAUUCCUUUGUGAUGCUUAUUUGUACAGCAGUUUCGCUGGUGGGUUCAAGUGCGGCUCUUGGUUUUCUGUGUGGAAUGAUUGUAUUUAUGAUUCUGAGGCUAAGGAGCUGGACAAAGGGUCAGCCUUUUUCUGCCAUUCGGACGGACAAAACCCCUGAGCAACCCUGAGAAUAGUCGUCAAGUGUGAGUAAAUUAAAUAUUGCUUUCUGAUUGUAAAUGCUAGCCCUACUUAUGUGGUAUGAAAUAGGUGCCCAUCAGUUUUCCUUCGUUUUAAUUUGAUUUUGGUAUGGGAUAGAAAUUGCUAAGUUGUGCGUGGAGCUUUGCACGAGGGGUGGCUGCAGUAACGGUUUCUAGGUUCUAUAGCUUUUGCUCUCUGCGUAUGCUUCGACGUCUGCGUAGAGCUUAAUUACCAAUAUGUUGUUAUUUAUCCUCAAUGGAAGUUGUUUCAGUAAAUGCUUACAAGUUUCACAUAAA